GCAGCCACCUGUUGUGGGUUUGUUCGGUUUCCUCAAAUCGUCCUCGCAGGCGGGCGGAGCUACGCUCUGUGUUGAUCCAGCCGCGCCAUCUGCCCUGGACUGCUUCCGUGAAAUCUGGGUUGCAGUAAGUAUGUGUACUGUACGCUAAAUUAGACCUGAUGCAGGCGAUAGUUGCUCCCGUAGAGCAGGUGAACUGCUGCAGUCUGCAGUGGAAGGAUUGUUUGAUGGAUCCGCAAAGCUGCUCCGUUAGAGCCGCUGAUGGACGAUGACAGCGGCGCUCCCAAAGUGCCACCAUAGUUAAUCUGGCGCAUAGACUGAGAUAACACUGAUAUAUCUGUGAUAACACGUGAGGAAAUAUGCGAUCUGUUUUGAUGAUAGUGAAUAGUGUAAAGGGCUACUUAUGAUGGAGAAUCAUCCAUGCCUAAUAUGGUGAAACUGAGAGAAAGAUUAAAAAAGAAACAAGAUGGUAGCAAAGAGGAUCCGCUCAGAGUACAUGAAGAAGUUCAAAGACCCCAAAUGGGAGACAUACACCAAGUGUUACGAGGAGAUGCUGGCCUACAGGCUGACUCGGAGGCUGCUGGAGCACACACACUACCCCUGGUUCUGGAGCGGCUCUGACAGCGAUUCAGACUCAGGGGGAAGGAGCUCAACUUCUCCCACCAGGAACCAGGUUGAAGCCGCUAGAGGAAGAUCUGAAGCUAAAAUAGGGGAGGCUGAGGGGGUCAAAGCGGACAGACAUACUAUUCAGAAUAAGGAGCAGAUUAGGCCUGAUCAACAGCCUUCAGCACUCAGGUUGCAGUGUGAUGAUGCCAAGGAGUCAAAAACAGCACUUCAUGGAGAGGAAGAGGAGCAGAGAGUCGGCAGCAGAGCCAGUAAACAUUCCUCUGCCCCACUUGGAGACCAGGAGAAAGAGACCAGAAAAUCCCGACCUCGGCGAACAAAAUCCUCCAAAUCAACAAGACCAGCUCGCGUCUCCCGGCGCCCUGCAGCUUCACAGCGCUCCAAAGAGGACCCUCAGGAAGACAGACAUCCUUUUGCUCUGUAUGGCUCAGGAGAAAAGGAUGCAGACAUCGCAGGCAGGAAGACUCACAAUGUUGCUCCUGCGGCUUCAACUGCUGAGAUUCAUGAAUCGGCUUUGCGGGCUAAGACCAGGCGGAAGGUGGAGCGACAGAUCCAGUCCCAGGAAGCUGAACAUCGCAGGGCCAAGUCAGCCGAUCAGAACAAAGGCGGGAGAGUAGCCCAGCCUGCACUCAACCCAUGGGUCACAGAGUACAUGUACUGCUACUCCAGUCGCUUUCCAUAAAUGCAAGAAUUAAUCAUCUUUCUUUCAAUCCUUCAGGGUCCUCGGUGUGCAUGGUACCACUCACAUGUUCAGGAUGCAAAGUCAUUACUGAAUUUCACUGUGGCUCAUAAAGACACUAAACAGUAGAAACUAUUUAAAUCUAGAGUAAACUCAGAUGAUUCAUACAAGGUAAAGGAGAUUCGUGAAAUCAACUUUUUUGGGGGGCAUAUUCAUGAUAAACUGAAGUUUUUAUGUUGAAAUGAGUGGUUUAUAGUUUAUAUAGAAUCUUACAGUCAUACUUUUAUAAAGAAAGAGCGUUCAUAUACAUAUCUCAACCUAGACUGAUGUUAGAACCUCAAUGAAGGGAACAGAAACCUGUCUUAUCGUGUGUUUACCAAAAGCUGUAUGGGUAGGGCUGCAUGUAUCCUUUGACUCUAUUGCUG